AUGGCAUCUAGCGUAGCCGCCGCACGGAGAAGUCCUGCCAUAUCUCCUAUAGCUUCCAGACAACCGUCACCUUUCCCUGGUGCUCCUAAGCCUCUUCCUGUUCGACGCACUCAUGGGGCCAGUCUAUCUUUGAGUCCGUCCACCCCAAGGCGUUUACUUAUACCUACUACGCGGGCAUGGCCACCACCCGACUGCACUCCCCGGGGGACUCCCAUGAAUGACGGUGACAAUUUUUGGUUCGGGUCAUUGAGGAACUUUCAGAUUGAGUCGAUAGAACCUGGGGUGGAGCUUACUGGGUUCCGAAUUUUCGCUGUUGAAAAGUGGCUUGUGGACCGUGACAAGGCUAUAGGGGCAGUCGUUGUGUACACGGGCAAUUCAGAUGACAAGAUCCAAGUCCUCGUUUUAUCACCGAACCCAGACCUACCAGAAGCAGAAGCUCGUGAAUCAUUUGACACGGCGGUUUUAGAGCUUCGCAAAGAUGGCGCGAAGCCGAAGGAGACCGAGAAUGGAGUCAUCAUGGUCACCUCUCUCGCGAAUUUUAGAUCAGAUCUCAAUAUUGUGCCAAUCCCAGGAGGGGACUUUCUCGCGGUCAGAAAUGAACUCUUCGUUAACAUCAACCUUCUGAGAAUGGGGUGCAGUGGGAGGAGUGGCCUCAAUUUGGAUCCUCCAAGUUCAAGCUCGAAGGAGAAGUUUAUGCAAUUGUUUUCAUUAGCUGAGCCCAGCACCAGCUUCGCGUCGCCAACGACAACAGGAAAUGAUCCCUGGUUCAAAUCUGCUGUCCUUGAGCUUGUUUUCACAGUGCAAUCUGCACUCAGCUUGUUCGGUAGGUUCAGUCUAUCUUCCAGUUUGCGGGAUGGCCUUCUUUGUGACAAGACGGUGGAGGGUAUGCAGAUGUGGGCGCUGGAGAUCGGAGGUUACUAUGGCUUAGAGCCUAUGGAAAGAGUGCUCGAGCCAUCGGCAGUUGCUUUACUGUUCAGCAUCGUUUUUACUUUGAGAAACAAACUCUCUGCUCUUGGAGUAUCGAAUUUGUCUAAAGACCCCUUUAGAGAACCACUCUGUUUCUUGCAUGCUAUGGCAGAUUUCCAACGGAUUCCGAUGCCCUCCCCCUUACAAAGGCCUUCUUAUACUCCUGACAAUCAGGUUUACUUCAUCGAUCACGAAAGCAUUGAGCGCGUCAACUUUGCAUAUGCGAAACUCCGCCAAGCUGAACCGUAUAAAGUGCACCGUGUGCUCAAGAACAAGAUUGAUGACCUCACAACUGUGUCAUCCUCGUUAGCAAACAAUCUCAACCUUAGUCUGAGAUCCACCACCGAUCCAAUGCCAGUUGGGAGUAGCGCCGCGUCGGUAUACUCCGCGAAUCUAGCACGCAACGAUCAUGCAGGAGCAGCAGACGAAGCUACAACUGACUUAGACAUAAUGGUGAAGUUUGUCCUCAAUGGCAGCAAACACGAGAUUCCAGCAACGUUGCGUGAUUUAUGGGGCGGACGGCCCGGUCGGCAUCGUCAAGAGCUGGAGGCUCGGCAUCGUUCGUCCAGAGGUGGGAGUCGUGACUUGACUGCGGAUGAUGAGGAAGGAGGCAUCGCUGCCGCCCUUUGGCGAGGGACUGGUGGGAAGGUACAGAAGAAGGGUCAGGCAUUUGCUCAUGGUAUUGCUGAGUGGACCGGACUCGAUAUCGGAAAGUCGAAGAAAACCACGGGUGAUACGACACAAGGUGAAUCGGAUACGAGUGCCAAUCGCACCAAAGCCCAGCUCGCUCAACCGCCGAGUUUGACGCUGAAUGGGGACAAGUCACCCGACGCCACUGACUUAGACGACCCCUCUAUUCAUGUUCACAGUCUUGCGUCCUCUCACCGGUCACACUUAUCUCCGGCGAGUUCAGUGACCAACCUGAAUCUUUCUGAGUACGAAAAGGGAAUGCGCAGAUUCAAUGGGAGAGCAGGGCCAAUGGAUAUUGCCUUUCUUCGGCGAAUCGGCACCACGGUCUCAGAUCCAGCCUUGGUAACCGUAUCUAGGCUUCGUGACGCCGAAGCUGAAUCUAAGAAGUCGCCACUCAGCUGGAAAAGCAAUGGAAAGAUGUCGACCACUUUCGCUGCAAUCGGCGAGUCCAUUUUGGAUGCUAGCGCCCACGAUGACCCAAAGAUCUCCCCAAGAGGGUAUGGACGGCGGCAGCAAGAAGCUGCCCGUAAUGGGUUUCGAGAUGAGAUGCAAGGGCUUCCAAACGCCUUAGAAGAUGAGGAGAUGAUGGAUGAUGUUUUUGGCGAUGAGAGAGCCCUGGUGGGUAAUAUUUCAAGGCGACGCAGUAUUGGCACCGUGAUAGAAUGGAGUCAUCUCCCCCGACAAGAGGUUAACAAUUUGUGUAUCGAUGUUGAGCUGUGUUCGCAACUUUUGAACCUGAAGGAAAAGCAAAUUGAUAUGGAGAAUGCAACGCGACUGCUCCGAGUAAUAGUGGAAUCUUUGGGUCAGGCAACCUCGGAUCUUCACGGUGCUCUCGCUCCUCAAGUAGAAGCCUUGCCAGUGAUUGAAUCUCGCCGCACGUAUCUGACCAAUCUCACACGCCAAGGGCGCUCCGAAGCAGAUAGGCUGCACGGUCAAGCAAAAACCUCCCACUACCAAGUUGAACGUCUAGAAGAGAGAACGGAGAGAUUAGAUAGCACUCUGGAAGGAUACACGAAGCGUAUGGAUGACGUGGAGCGUGCUGUGGAGGGCAUAUAUAUGAUUACUCCAUUCGCGGACUACAGUGAUGAUCCCCGGGCAGAGGACGAGGGAAGCCCAACAGAAAGUGUCAAUGCGAUGGUGGAUCAAGCCAGCCAAGUGCCGGCAGAAAAAGACUUGGAGCCACAAGUCUCGCCACAAACAUCGUCAACUCAAGAUGCUCGCGAGGCGAUCAUCCAAGCUGCUAAGGCCAGGACAGUGGUUAAGGAUCCUAGGGAGGACCUAGAUAAAGCGAACCUGGAGGAGAAGAAAGCUUUCAGAAGGAUAAUAAUUGCUCAGAUUGAGAGACACAACGACGAGCGGGUGGCAAUUGAGAGCAGCAAGGUUCUUCUAAAACUAGCAAACAACAUACUCCAGAAUCCUGAUGAACCCAAGUACCAUCAGUUCAAGGUCACUAACUCAACGAUACAGCGAAAUCUGGUCGAGCCGAAGGGCGCAUUGGAGUAUGCGGUUGCAAUGGGAUUCCGUGUGCGAGUCCGAAAUUUUCAGCAGAUUUAUGUCUUCGAUCCUACUCCUAAAACACUGCAAAGCCUGAGGAACGGCGCCGACUGUCUAAAUGAAGUCCUUCAACAUCACAAUGAUGCGGUCGAUCAGGCGAGACGUGCCAAAGAGACAGAAAAGGCUGCGCAAGCUCGGAGGCAAGAGCUGGUCCGCCUUGCCUACGAGGAUGACAGGAAAGAGAAAAAGGCUCGCGAUGAAAUGGAGAAACAGCGAAGAGAAGCGGUCGCCGCCCGAACAGCUCGGGAAGCCCUGGAGGCCGUAGAAAGUGCAGGUGGCGACACUGACAAGCCACCCCAUAUGCCAGGACUGCUCGCGUAAUAUCUAGUCCGAAUCUACUCGAAUCAGCUUGAUAAAAGUGGAGCAGAGGUGAUGUGUGUAUUUUCUGAAAAUCAUAUCGAGAUGUACCCGACACAGGAACAUGCAUUAAAUAUACAAUUAUCGGCCCUAAUUAGCCGCCAGCUUGCAAAU